GAGAAAAAUUAUUCUUGCCUCUAACAGCGCUCUGGGUAAGACAUGGACAAGCAACUUAGCUACGCACGAGACGAUGAAACGACACCUUGCGUGCUAGUUAGAAAAAUGUUGAGAGUUGAGGUACGUACAGUUUAAAUAAAUCAAUUUUAAGUUUAUAUGUAGCUGCCUGGCAAACUAUUAAUCUUAAUAGCUAUCCUGUGUGACGCUAGUGCCAGUGUCUUCAGAAACGCACAUUAUAUGGAAGAGGCAAUACGCUAGCAACAAUUUUGUAGUUAUUGCUUUAGGUAUAGCUCCAUGCAUUAUAAAAUUAUGCUGGGUAAAAUAUUUUUUAAAUUAAUGUGUAGACUUCUCAUUGAUCCAGCCUAUUGAAUGUGUCACGUUUUGUUGCUGUGUUGUUGCUUUAUCCAGUUAUUGAUAUUUGGUUUCAUGCUGUGAUAAUUUAGUAUUCGCCCAAUCUUCCACAAAACUAUCAUACGCCAAAAAAUCGAAAGGAAAGUCUACGGAAAUUUAAAUAAAAAGAUUUUAAGUGAAUUUAAGGAAACUGACAAUGACUAUUUAAUCUGCUUCAGUGUUUUUGCUCGAUCGGUUUAUGCAUAUAAUUCCAAUUAUUUUAAUAAAAUAUAUGGCCAGGGUUCGGAUGUGAGCGAAGGCAGCCAAAACCGUUUCGUUAGCUUCUACAAUUCGAGUACGAGUUGCAUGACAUUAUGUAGAUACCAUUAGGGUUUUGACGCAUGCGACUGAAUCAUUUCUGGGUUUAAAAAAACAAAACAAAAAUAAAAAACAAAGCUCUUUCAAGAUAGCAGGUACAUUAAAAAAAAACUAAAAUAAACAGAAGUGGGCUCAUGUUCGGUCUGUUGAGAUAAGCUAUCCAUAAAUAAUUUGAACUGAGAUUUCCAAAUAACAUGAGCACAUAAAGACCAUUUCACAACAGCUUCUUCGUCUUUUACCAGUUAUUUUAAAACUGCACUGAAUGACACUAAAAAGGGACUGUGGACAAAAUUGGUGUCUAUAUUACUAUCUAUUGAAGGUUGACUAGCUUCUGUGUUCAGAACUGUUGUGAAUAUUCACUUUGAAAGCUGUUAACAAAAGCCCUAUUAUUUGAAGCAGAGUAUUGAAGAGGCAUACUAGUGCGUGUUUAUUUUCAAUAACAGCAUGCUGGUGGACCUUUAUUUCCACUAGUUGUCAGUACAGCUGUUUAAGCUCUAUGGCGAUAGGCUACCUUUUAAGGAAGUUGUCUCUGUGAGCGGAUCUUUAGAUUGCUUCUCUUUACUCCAUAACACUAAGUACAAAGAACAGGUUUAUAUCAGUUCUCAUCACCGUCCUGCAAGUAUUCACCAGAUUUUUGCCAGAUUUCUCUUUUUUUUAAAUUAGUUAAAAAGAUAUGCUGCUGUUGGGUAGUUUCUGCAUAGCAACCAGUUGCAGUCUUCUAACGAAGGAUGUGAGUAUGAACUUGUAUCCAGGAGGAAAAUAAACCCUCAUAAGCAAACAGAACAAAGGGAUUUCGUUUGUGGAAUAAAAUGAACACGGAUAAAAAAAGAGGUAGUUUCCAGAUAACCAGCGUGACUUUGGACUUUGACCGGGCGUCUCUGGAGUCCUCCUACAAGGCUGCCUUCUCUGACUGCACCAAUGAGCCUCCCCAGCAGCCUGCAGGGAAUUCACUGACCACUGGGGGGCAGGGUAGUGCACGCUCCACUUCUCCCAACCCUGAGCUGCCCAGUGCUUGUCUGGGGACUGUGGGCAGCAAGAAUGUUAAAGAGUCUGUGGGCUCUUUGGCUCCGUCACCAUCUUCACCUCCCUUUGGUGCUGGAAACACAGCAGCCGGGUUGGCGGGGGCAGUCGAGGGGAGCUGUGGUGGGCCUGCUCUUUUGGAUGUGCCCAGGGCUGGCCUGUACCACCUCAGCUUCAGCCAGCCCUGCAGCCCAUUGUCCGUUAGGAAGCAGGUGGACCUGGAGCAGGGCGGGGCGAGCUGCUGGCUGCCCAUGUCUUCCCCUCAGUCCCCAUCACGGUUCAGAGUGGUCCGGCUGGGACAGGGUCUGGGCGAGCCGUACUGCCGUGGCCGCUGGACCUGCACGGACUUCCUGGAGCGUGAUGGGCUGGACAGGGGGGGCCUGCAGAGGGUGAUGGAGAGCAUGCGGCACGCUCACUCCCUGGACUCCCUGGAGGUGGAGGGGUUUGCUAUGCCUGGGGGCGAGGGACCGGUGUUUAGGCCUCUGGUACAGGUCAACGCUCUCAACACAAGGCACAUGGUCAGCUUGCCAGGAGCUGUGGGAAUUUUGGCACCCGAUGUUAAAUCCAGUGCCGGCUGUGCUGUAAUGCCUGAAGGGGAGGGGACGGGCGAUUCUCUAGCAGGACACCCUGCUGUGAUUGACUCUCCCUCCCCCUUGCCCAUGGAUCAGUUUAGAAUUAUACCUGAGGAUCCAUCAUCCAAGGCCUUCAUCUCCCUCAUCCCCGGGUUUUCCCUCCAACACCAGCCGGACCCCUUUUCUUUACUGUCAACUUCUAGGCUCCUCCCCUUAUCCCAACGGGCUGGCCGAAACCUGCCUUUGCUGCAACUGGACCAGAAAGUCAAGCCCGACUCCUUGGCCACCCCCCAGAAGCAAGAUGGAGGCUUCUACCAUGAUGUUGGCCCCAAUCAUGCUCAGUCUACUUUCAGCCUGGCUCAGUCCAUGUUUGGAGCUGGGGGGGCUUUUGACCUGGGCAGUGAAAGUGGCUCUAGUAAAAGCAUGAUGGCAAUUGACAACAAAAUCGAGCAGGCCAUGGACUUGGUGAAGACCCAUCUGAUGCUUGCGGUGAGAGAGGAAGUGGAUCUGCUACGAGAGCAGAUCGCUGACCUUACAGAGAGGAACUCACAACUAGAGAGAGAGAACUACAUCUUGCGUACCAUGAGAGAGAGAGACUGAGUGGGAGAACUACAUCCUACGCACCAUGAUAGAGAGAGACUGAGAGGGAGAACUGCAUCCUGCCCACCAUGAGAGAAAGAGAGGAGAAAGAGAUAGAGCGAACUACAGUGUAUGAGAGAUGGAGAGAGAACAGAAAGGUAUAACAUUUUAUAGACCCCGAGAGAAAGGGAUAACUACAUUAUACCAGCCAUGUGAGGAAGGGACUGAAAGUGAAGGAAAACACAUUAAACACAUCCUAACAGAAAGGGAAAUUUCAUCCUACCAUCCCAUUGAAUGGGUAUAACAAAUUUUACGACCCUAAGACACAGGGAUAAACCUACAUCACACAGACCAGGAGGGAAUAAGGAUUGAAAGAAGUUGGGAGAAAUAUAUCCUAUAGACCCUAAUCCUACCAUUCAUACUUUUGUGGAAAUUCAGCCAAAUACACAAUUGGGUCCACAGGCUGUCUGUCAAGAUGAAUUUUCAUGUUCCCGUCUCCAAGAAAUGUAAUCUUCCAAGAAAUUUGCGGAAUGGGAUUUAAAUGCCGUCCAGCCUGCGUUUUAAUGCCAGCGUGUAAAAAGUGGAGCACUGUGGCAGUUAUCUACUUUCCUUCAGAUUCUUCUGUCGUUUGUCAUUAGUAACACACAGCAGAUUUUCCACAAAAGUGUGGCCAUUCGGGGCACCUGUUCAGCUGGGAGGGGAUCUGGGGGAGAUAGCAUGAACCUCCGCGCGCAUUACGCUCUCCCAGUGAAACUCCUCGCUGUCAGGUAAAAAGAAGCGGCUGGCGACUCCACAUGUA